GGCCACUUUGUGUUUCCUAAAAAGAAUAAAUACAGUGACGAAAUUUUUCUCGCUACGGUAAAAGCGAAUUUUAUAAAAUUUCUGAAGUGUACGCAAAGGCUUUCCAGCGGGGAAAAUUUCUCGGAUGCACUUUUUUUAGCGUAAACAAUUUUUUAAGGUCCCGCUCGUUAUUUAAAUUAACGCGUACGUGAAAAGUAACGCUCCCCAAGUGGAGACUUUUUAAACAAACUUAACAUGUAAAACGCUAAGCAGCCAAGUGGCGAAGUAGCCAAGCUGCCAAACGCCUGGAUCACUAAUGCAACAACCUGUUCGUUAAAUAUGCAUCUGCGAACAUGCCGCGCAUCAGGACGAUGAAUUCAAGGAAGCCACCCGAGGGGUGGAGUAAAGUCGAAUCCUUUUUAGAUGAAAUGAACAAAAAAAUGCGCAGCUUGGAAAACGAAGAUACUUCUAAGAAAAGGAAAAGUGAAAUUUUGUGGCCCAUAUUUCAAAUCAACCACCAAACGUCUCGCUACAUAUACGAGUUGUACUACAAGCGGAAGGAAAUAUCAAGAGAACUGUACGACUACCUGGUGCAAGAGAAAUACGUGGACGGCGCGCUCAUAUCAAAGUGGAGGAAGCAGGGGUAUGAAAACCUGUGCUGCCUCAAGUGCAUCCAGGUAUCAGACAGCAACUUCAGCAACACCUGCAUCUGUAGAGUGCCCAAAAGUAAUCUGGGCGAUCGGGUUUUGCAGUGUGUAAAUUGUGGAUGCAGGGGAUGCUCUAGCGGGGAUAAAUGAACACAAAUUGAGUUUCCUUAAAUUUUAUGGAGACCAUUCCUCCCCACCCUCAAGUGAGGACCGUCCCGAUGUUUUGAAUUUUUAUUUGUCCAUAUGUUCGAUACAAUUUGUUUAAUUCAAAAAAGAAACACUUUUUUUUUUUUUUUUUUAAUCAUUUAAACUUAAUUUUUUGUCAACAAAUUAUACGCGAAAAAUGCGUUACUUUUUAAAAAAAUGUCAC